AUAAACCUAUUUGACCAAUUCCUAACCCCAAGCCUCCUAGGCAUCUCCUUGCUUAUACCCGCCCUACUAAUAACCACUAUCCUACUUCUAAACCCAAAAAAUCAAUGAUUGUCGCACCCCACAACAACAAUCAAAUCCUGAUUUAUUAACCAAGCCGCCAAACAAAUUAUGACCCCAAUUAACCCCACCGGGCACAAACACUCCUUAAUCCUCAUCUCCUUACUAAUUCUCCUCUCUCUCACUAACCUGCUUGGCCUGCUUCCAUAUACCUUCACCCCUACAACACAACUAUCCAUAAACAUAGCCAUCGCCCUCCCCCUCUGACUAGUGACAGUAUUAAUUGGGUUGCGAACUCAACCAACAACCUCCCUAGCCCACCUCCUACCAGAAGGGACUCCUAUGCUCCUAAUCCCAAUCCUAAUUUUAAUCGAAACAAUUAGCCUGCUAAUUCGACCAAUUGCCCUGGGCGUCCGACUAACGGCUAACCUAACUGCAGGCCACCUGCUAAUUCAACUAAUCUCAAUCGCCACAUUAAACCUCUGAUUCAUGAUACCCCCACUCAGCCUAUUAACCUCAACAGUCUUAAUCCUCCUAUUACUACUAGAAUUCGCUGUAGCUAUAAUCCAAGCAUACGUCUUCGUCCUCUUAUUAUCCCUAUAUUUACAAGAAAAUUCAUAA